AACAAUAAUAAUAACAACAACUUUAAUGACCCUAUAACGUUUCCAAAAGACCCUAAGGAACGAGAGAAUCUACUUGAACUCCCAGGGAACAGAAAGGUUUUCCUUGCCCAGCCAGCUGUUGUGACCGAUGUCGGUGACAAUAUACAGCACUACACACUCGACUGUCAUGGUUUCCAGUUCGUCAAUCAUACGACCAAAUGCAGCAAAGAGAUAUUUCUCGACGAAGCAAUAAUCAAGGCUAGGUACUAUCCAGAGGUUGAGCAACUGAUUAAAGACCUAUGCAGCACCGGGGCCUCAUUUGUUCACGUUUUCGAUUAUGCCGCCAGGGGUCCAUUAAAUCGUGGUGACAGUGACCCAAACAUCAACAGGCCAGUCAAGUCAGUCCACUGCGAUCAAUCCUACGAAGGCGCAAAGCGGGUCGUCAUGUCACGGUUUCCAGACAAAGCGUUUGCCGACGAAGUUGUAGAAAAUCGAAGGUUCCAAAUCAUGAACAUCUGGCGCCCUUUAGAACCAAUCUAUCCAGACCCAUUCGCGGUAACCGACGCUCGAUCAAUACCAGAUUCCGACUUGGUUGCCCUCCCUGUAAUCGCCGGAGAUUAUACUGAAGAAAGCUGGGCUGCAGAGCCUAAUCCUGCUCAUCGAUGGUACUUCAAGUUCGGUCAGAAGCCAGAUGAAGUCUUGAUAUUCAAAUGCUUUGACUCUAGUAAGAAUAAGGAUGUCGCCCGUAGAGUACUUCACGCUGCGUUUACGGAUAGGGCUCAAGAGCAUAUGCCCCCACGAGAAAGCUUUGAGGUCAGAGCUGUUGUGGUUUACGGUGAAUAG